GAAUGGUACUUUGUUUUGUUGCUGGAGGAGACGAGAGCACAGUGUAGUCUUUAUUCCAGACUUCACAUGAUGUAUCAUUCCCAGCCCACGGAUUUAGUGAAAGCUGAUACCAUUGAGGCCCGCAGACCUCCUACUCAUCUGUCCCUCCCAUUCUUUUCAGGAUGUGUGUUUCUGGUGAGAACAAAUUAAACCGAGAAGUAGCUGAAAGCCUGACACUGACUGCGUCUCUCCCCCGGCUUCUCCACACUCAACUUCAACCCGUAUCUUUAACCCGGUGACAUUUUUCGGCAAUUUUUUUGUUUUUAGGAUGAAGUUCAACUUUUUGAAAAAUCUACAACACUACAAAUUGGACAAAUAAGAAGAUCAAGAAAUAUCGGGUUGGAUCUACUGCUACUACGGACAGGUGUUCGGUCGGAAUAUGAUCUUCAAGACACCCGGUGCACAGAAGUCGUCUGGGAUUGUUAUUUUUGACUCCUGAUAGUCCGCUGAAUCAGACCGGUGAUGGCCGUCCAGGCUGAAAUUAUGAAUCAUCAUUUCAUGCCGUUAUAUUUCGCCGGAUCUGCCGUGGACUUCGAGAAAAGCUAUCACGAAGGGGUGGAUUUCCUUGGAGCCGUGGAGAGCGGAGACUAUAAGGAAUCGAGUAAGGAUUUGCUUAGCUUUAUCAACACGGCUUCGAGUAACAUCAAACUGGCCCUGGACAAACCCGUGAAGUCGAAAAGGAAGGUCAACCAUAGGAAGUACCUGCAAAAACAAAUCAAAAGAUGCACGGGUAUGAUCAGUAAUGGAGUUACAACUAAAGGGUCUUCGAAAGGUCACGUCACGUCUCCCGGCAGUACCAACAGCCCCCAAAACUAUCACUGGAAGCCUCCUCCCAAGAGGGACAACAACCAGUCCAACUUACAGAGCAAGAGCUUGGCUGCUCUUUUUGACAAUGCCAGGGAAAUCCAGGGGGAGAAAUGUAAAAAAGUACCCUUGAGGAACCGUAACCUGCCCCCGUCUUUCUUCACCGAGCCUGCUUAUUCUUCACCGGGACUUCUCGCCAAUUCUGGGGUGGGGGCCUUGGAUAAAGGUAACCAAGAGACUGUUGAAUUUUUUGAACUGUUGGGCCCCGAUUACAACAACAUGAUCUCAGAGCAAGAGAUCAUUCAGGGAGCAUCAGUAAAGAUACACCAAGACAUCCCGGCAGAACAUUCCGUGUACGAGCCCCAUCACUUACUAAAUGGGCUCCUUUAUUCCGACCCCUGGAAUCCAUGUAAUCCAAUUAAAAAGAGUCCCGUGGGAACUUGCAGUCCGAACUUGAAUGAAAGUUUGAAAUGUAUUUCAUUGCCAGUCCCCGUCUUUACAAACGCCACCGAGCCCACCGCCAUCCCAGCCUCCGUGGAGGACAGCUGUCCCAGUAUAACACCAUUUAACCCCUGCUACCCUGACUGCUCCUUGUCCCAAAUGUUUUACGACUGUGCUUCGGGAUACAACAGAAUCGGCUACUCCGUUUUGUAGAAGUUUCAAAAACAUUCCUAAAGGAUCUUUCAAUACAGUCUGUGCAAUAAAACCCUCUCGGAUACGACGUAGUGGCGACUUAACCCACAAGGCUCGCAACUCGGAUUGACCCUCCAACCCCCCCAUAGUAACGUCCCACGUUUAUAACAAUGGCGUUCAACUUUUUUAAUUUUUCCCAAAAAUUCCUGAUGUAAUAAGCUAUUUUUUUAAAUCUGACAAUGAAAUAUAUAGCCUAAUACUGAGAGCCAUAUCUGCAGUUGUAUAAAUAUGCCUGUAUGGUAUGCAAUGUAUUGUUCUGUGCUAACUUUGUUUCUGUUUUGUUUUUGUUUUGUUUUUUCGUGUAAAACUUUAUAAACAAUGCAAACAAAAUUCUUAUGCAAUAAAAAAAGUUUAGUAAAUUGUUGAAAUCGUUUUUUUUCC